GGCGGGGCCAACAUGGCGGCUACAAAUUUUGCAUGUCUGCUGUUUUGUUUAGCAUCAUUUUCACAACAAUUUAGCGCCUCCAGGCUUCUCAACGAACCGUGUUAUAAACCCAUCAUAGACCACAGGCCGGACUUUGUCAGGACGCAGGCCCGGCCGCAUGUAGAGGUGUUGAAGCUUCCUCCGUCAUGGGACUGGAGGAACAUCGAUGGGAAGAAUUAUGUGAGCGUCACAAGGAACCAACACAUCCCCCAGUACUGUGGCUCCUGCUGGGCCAUGGGCGCCACCAGUGCACUAGCUGACCGCAUCAACGUCAAGCGUGGAGGAGCGUGGCCAUCGGCGUACCUCUCCGUGCAGAACGUGAUAGACUGCGGGAGGGCAGGUUCCUGUUAUGGAGGCGAUCACCUGAGAGUCUACGCCUACGCGCACGAAAGAGGCAUUCCUGAUGAAACCUGCAACAACUACCAAGCCAAAAACCAAAAGUGCGAGCUGUUUAACCAGUGCGGCACGUGCUCCUUCUUUGAGUCGUGCGCUGUUGUGAAGAACUACACCGUGUGGAAAGUCGGAGACUACGGAGAAGUUUCUGGGAGAGAUGAGAUGAAAGCUGAAAUUUUCACCGGCGGACCCAUCAGCUGUGCAUUGAUGGCGACUGAAGGCCUGGAGCGAUACUCCGGAGGGAUUUUCUCCGAGUUUCAUCCUCUCUCUCUGCCAAAUCACAUCGUGUCUGUGGCUGGGUGGGGCGUGGGCGAAGAUGGGAUCGAGUACUGGAUCGUCAGGAACUCCUGGGGAGAGUUCUGGGGAGAACACGGCUGGGCGAGAAUUGUCACCAGUGCAUUUAAAGGAGGAAAAGGCAACUGGUUCAACCUGGGUAUUGAGAAAAACUGUGCAUAUGGAGACCCUAUUGUAACAUAGGUGCUUAAUUAAGGUGAUCAAUCUUACUGAAAUAACUGUGGAUAGUUUGGAAAAUUUAGGAAACGCUUUCCUUCUGUGCACUAAAAUCAACAUGUGCAAACAACAAUUUGCUGUUUAAUGUGGGUUUAUUUUUUGAAAGUGCUUCUUGGCUGAGAGUAGUAAUGUCCUGAAGCUAGUUCAAUCCAAGAAAUUGUUUGGUACACAUCUCCCUGUAAAAAACCUCAAUCACGACAUGUUAUUUAUGCACUUUGGUUUCUGCGUAAAAUAAACAGUAAUACAAAGUCGCAGUGCACUCAGCUCAGAAUCUUAAACAUGUACAGACAAUACCAGCUCUCACUAAGUAUACUUCUUAGUGUUUAUUUAAGAGCAGGAAGAACGUAUUUUGAGCUCUUAUCUGUCAUCAGCACUACCAGCUUAAAGAAAGUCCUUCCAUUUAGGAUUUUCAGCCUUUACAGGUUGUCUGAGGAUCAAGCUCAGACACGGUCUGUAGCAACAAGAUAUUUGUCGAUGGUUUAGAUAGAGCUAAAAACAUAUAAAGGAAUCACUUAUUAACCCCUAAGCUUCCCUCUUAGAGAAAAAUCUCUUAAACAUGUUUCCAUUAAAAAAAUUACAAAGUGUAUCAUUAAACAUUGGCACAUUUUAUUUAAGCUGUUUAAUCAAAGAUUCACAGAUCUUUGCAAAUAAAUGGGCCAAAAAUCUGAGUGGUAAAGUGGUCAUCGCUAAUUGCUUUGGACCUCCUCAAACAUAUUUAAAUUGUGAGGGGAUUGGGAGAAAGUUCAAAGUUAAAGAUGGACUCUUUCUUAUAGAACCAAAUUUGUGGUCUACUUGUUAAAAUGCCCAAAUGAGCUGAUAAUAGCAUAGGAAAACUAAACAAAAUUGUAAAAUGUCAGAGUAUGCAGAUCUCGGAUAAAGGCACUGAUGCCGUUGACUGGCUCUCGCCUUCCCCAGACCUAAAUCCAGUUGAGAACCUCUGGGAUGUUAGGUAUCUAUACAUCUGAUGCAACCAAAUAGCACCACAGACUGUCCAGAAGUUCACUGAUCCAGGUUUGGGAGGAGAUCCUUCAAAACAGCAUCCACCUGCAUCAGGAGCAUGCCCAGAUGUUAGCAUACAGGAUCAUGGGGACUAUACACACUGCUGAGCUACAUUAUGACAUGAGCAGGAUCAACGUGUGAUUUAAAUGUGUAACUUUUGGUGUUACUUUAAGGAGCUCCCCUCCUUUCACUCCUGAUAGAGCCACCAAGCUGCCCUAAACUGAGCGUGCUUCUGCUGGAGAUCACUUCCUGUUGAAAGGAGGCUCUUCCUCCCCACUGAUGACAAUGUGCUUGCUAAUAGUUGAUCCAUCUGACCACAGAACAGUUUUCCACUUUGUCUCAGUCCACUUUUUAAAAAAAAGCUUUGAUUCAGUGAACAUGGCAGUUUUCACAUGUUCACAUGUGGUUCUCAUGAUGGUUUCUCCAGAUGCUCUGAAUCAUUUGUUGAUAUUAUGCACUGUUAAUGAUAGAUAUUCAAAGUCUUUGCAAGUUUACGUUGAGGAACAUUAUUCUGCGACGGUAGAUUUUUGCAGAUUGGUGAACCUCUGCCCAUCUUUACUUCUGAGAAACACCGCCUCACUAAGAUAACCUUUUUACACCCGAUCAUGUUACUGACCUGCUAGCUGCAAAAUGUUCAGUCAGCUGUUUCUGUUUAGUGCCACUUACUUUUCCAGCCUUUUGCUGUCCUGACCCAAACAUUGAUUCUGUGAUCAGUUUCAAAAUGAUCCAACAUUUUUCAUGAAAUUGUAAAAUGACUGUGUUUAAACAUUUGACCUGUUUUCCAUGUUCUAUUAUGAAUAAAACGU